UCCAGUGAAAAUGGCUCUCGCCACUCGCGCAAACGCAUCGUCUCUUUGCCGAAGCAACAUGCCUUCGCGGACGACUCGCAUGGUCGUAACGCGAGCAACUUCACCUAGGCAAGAGCUUAACCUUACUAUGACAAACAUCGCUUUGACAACUGCUGCCGCAGCAGCGAUGCUUCUGGCGGUCCCCACGCCCUCGUUCGCUGUUGAGGCUUCCUCGCCCUCAUCGCCCGCUCCUACCGGGAGCGCGCCUGCAUCUCCUUCAAGUAACGAGCGGACUUCAACUGUUAGUAGCAUCUCCUUUGCGCGCGUCGACAUGUCCGUAACCGAGAAGCUCCGACAGCGCGACGACAACAUGGCCUGGAAGUGCAAGGGAGUGAACAUGUAUGAUUGCGAUGGCGAGCUGGCAGAGGCCGCGGAGAAGCGUUUCGAGGAAAUUGCCAACAUCUUCCGCGGCGAGUCCAAGCCAUGAGCCGGGAGCGUCGAAUUGGGCUUAUUGCAUGUAUGUAUGUAUGCAUUGAUUGGUCGAGCGAGAGUUGCUGCCAGUAUGCGUGCGGCAACAAGGCUUUUAGCUGCUCGGCAUUCGGUUGUAUUUUUAUGGAAUAUCAUGUAAUAUUUAGUAUCGGGUCGUCUAGUGGGCGGUGGAGAGGGCGGUUGAUAAUGUUUAUGUUCCCUGUGUACGGAUAGGCCGUUAGGGACCGUUAACCGUUGAGGUCAGGGCGGCAGUAGCAAUGCACGAGGCAACACGGGCUUAACUGGCCUGGUCUGAGUUUUAUUAAAUUUGGUUUUCCUGCUGUCCUCCGAAAAAAAUCUGUAAAGUCUGUAAAAUUCAUCAGG